CUUUUGACUUUUUUCUGAUUCUCUUUAAUGUUAAUUACACAAUGGGACGGCUGUCUCUCUUGUUGGGACUUGUUACGGAGACGAAGCGCACCGCUCGUCACCGCACAACUUUGCGAUGAACCAUUGCUACGCUUACGUCCACACGAAGGAGGUAUAUUAGUUGCUUGUGGUAGCAGUAAAGGAACUAUAUAUUUAGCAGAAUUAUCUCAAAAUUUAGGUACGGCGGACAAAAAUGACAAGUUACUAUUGACAAAUAUAUUAGAACGCGAAAACAAACGUGAACGCAUUCUUGAAGCCCGUAUGAGAGAACUACGAUUGAAAAUGCGACAGGAUCGUGAUGGUGGUCAACCGCAAACAGAAACUGAUCCUACCAGCUACGAUAGGGAGAUUGAAGAAGCCACUGCAGAGUAUAUGCAGACAAUAAACGCAUUGAAGGCGCAACAAACGACACAAUAAGUGAUGGUUCCUCCCACACUGAAGUCAAAUUUAGAUAUAUUGUAUUUCGACCAGUAGUUGAAGAAAUUCUCAUUGGCAAGAUUAGGAGUUGUAGUAGAG